GUGUUUGUAUUGUGCUUCCUCUUUCAUUGCCCCGUGGCGCUCGGUUCACACGUUUGUUAUGCUCGGCACACUAUGUAACGGUCGCAUAAAAAAACACUUAAUAAAGCCACACCUUAUCACAACUGUCAAGGAAGACCAUCAUGCAGAUAUGAUGGCAGGUUGUCAACUUUAUUUUGGCGUUCCUGAGAAAUCUGAGCAACCUGAAAUAUUGUAACGUAUGAAGAACCCGAUCAGAAGAGAAAUGUGACGCUCCUGCUCUCUCAGUUUGCGCAUCACUUGUGUGAAAGAUCUCAUCCCUCCUAAAAGUUACACCUCGACAGGUUGGGAUUGCAAAUGUGUGGCCAUUAAAAGCACCCCUGCCUCUCAGAUAUGCCCAGACGAGGGCUUCCUCUGCAGGGGCGGGCGCGCUGGCUACUCCUAGGAAUAUUCCUGCUCUUGGUAUUGCUGCUUUUUGCCUACCUGCUGGAGUGCACCCCACCUGCGGAUGUGAGUCCGGUACUGCCUGGCCUGGGAGGAGAGCCUUAUGGAAAGGAAUAUUACCAGGCCCUUUUGCAGGAGCAGGAAGAGCGCCACCACAGUCGAGCUUCCAGCCUUAAAAGGCAAAUUUCACAGCUGAAGCAAGAACUUCAAGAGAUGAGCGACAAACUGAGAGUGCUUCUAGAAAAAAAGGAGAGCGUGGGGGCACAGAGUCUCAUUGAUGGCAGAGACCAAGAGCCUGGUGACCUCUUGGAGUACCUGCAUUCACAGAUCGACAAGGCGGAGGUGAACACGGGUGCCAGGUUGCCGAGCGAGUAUGCCCUCGUACCCUUUGAGGGCUUCACGACUACUAAGGUCUACCAACUUGAGAUGGGCCUGACGCGUCAUCCGGAGGAGAAGCCUGUGCGGAAGGACCGCCGGGACGAGCUGGUGGAGGUGAUAGAGGCGGGGUUGGAUAUUAUUAAUAACCCGGAGGAAGAAGACGGCCAGGGGGAAAACAUCCCCAUGCACAGGCAUACAUUCACCGAAAGCCAUUUUUUUGAGGGUCUCUACAGAACAGAGAGGGACAAAGGCACUCUGUAUGAGCUCUACUUCGCUAAAGAGAAUUCUCACGAGUACCGUCACGUCACCCUUUUCCGUCCGUUUGGGCCCCUGAUGAAAGUGAGAAGCACAGCUGUAGAUAUCGCCAGCACUGUUAUUAACAUCAUAGUGCCGCUGUCAGGCCGGACUGAGGCUUUUGUUCAGUUCUUGCUCAACUUCAGGGAAGUUUGUAUACAGCAGGACAGACGGGUACAUCUCACAGUGGUGUACUUCGGGCGAGAGGGAUUGCAGGAGGUGAAGGAAUCUUUACGGAAAAUGUCCAGUGAGGAAAACUUCAGUAACUACACUUUGAUCCCUGUGGAUGAGGAGUUUUCCCGUGGGCGUGGUCUAGACAUCGGAGCUCACGCGUGGGAGAAGAGCGGUGAUGUCUUGAUGUUUUUCUGUGAUGUUGACAUUUACUUCACACUGGAAUUUCUUAGUACCUGUCGUCUCAAUACAGCUCCAGGAAAGAGAGUUUUCUAUCCGGUGGUGUUCAGUUUAUAUAAUCCAGCGAUAGUUUAUGGAAAUCUUGAGUUGCCGCCGCCCAUUGAACAUCAGCUGAUUCAUAAAAAAGAUGCUGGAUUCUGGAGGGAUUUUGGAUUUGGUAUGACGUGUCAAUAUCGCUCAGACUUUCUAAGCAUUGGAGGGUUUGAUCUAGAAGUGAAAGGAUGGGGCGUAGAAGACGUCCACUUAUACAGGAAGUACCUACGGAGUGAGCUGAUUGUGAUACGCACUCCUGUGUCCGGCCUUUUCCACCUUUGGCAUGAAAAGCUAUGUGCUGAUGAGCUGACCCCAGAACAGUACCGCAUGUGCAUCCAAUCCAAAGCCAUGAAUGAGGCGUCACACUCUCAUCUGGGCAUGCUCGUGUUUAGGGAGGAGAUCGAGAAUCACCUUCGCAAGCAGGCUUAUAAAACUCAGAGCAGACCAGCAGAAUGAGUCAAGGAGCACAAUUUGUUUUGCUUGAUAACUACGAUGCAGAAAAAGUCACAUUUCCACAUUUUGGUUGUGCUUUGUUCUUUGGACUGAGGUAAAUCUGUGGAUUACAGAUGACCCUAUAACACCAAAGAAGACUGCGGCAAAUGGACUGCGGCAAACUGAUUGGUACUGUGUAAACCGUUUACAUCUUUUUAUGUACUUUGGUUUAAAGCCAGUUUAGGUGUUCUUCUGCAUUGAUUGUGUAUGUAAAUAAUGUUCUUUAGGAAACAAAGUGCUGAAAAUGAUUAAAAAGGCAGAGUUGUUUUUUUAAUCAUAGAUGCAACAUAGAGAAAAUAUUAUAAAAGUUACACUUUUUACUACAAUUAAUUGAUAAAGCCAUACAUUACAUUUGAUAUUACAGGUACAAUGUAAGAAGACAUGUGAAAAAGGGAUCUAAUGCAAAUGCUUAAGAUGUUUAAAGGGACAAUCAUUCACAGAUGAAUGUGGUUGAACUUACAAACUUCAGGAAUACAGAUUGUUUGCAAGUGUCUCUGUUGGAACAGUACAUACCCUUUUUUGUUUAUUUUUUCCCAAAACCUUUGUGCAGUUUGAGAUGGCAUGAGCCUGAUAAAAAUCUUUCUGCAUGUCUCUUUUUUUUUUGCUGCUUGGUACCAUAGUAUUCAUUCAAUAUGAUUCAGGGGUUAUUAGUGCAGGCACUCAACAACAGAUACUUUAGCCUCUGGAAUGUUUAAAUCUGCAGCAUACAGAGAUUGAAUAUUUUAAGAAAAACACUUUGCAACCCAAAAGAACACGUUUUUCUGACUGAAUGUGCCUCUUUAGAGUCCAAUGAGGAUACUGUUAGGUUCUGUUAACAUUGGUAGAUAAACACAAACAACUGUGGCUAUCAGCUGUAGAGCCCCAAACUGACCAGGAUGUUGCAGUUGUUUAAUCCUAAUAUUUUUAACAAAUAAAAUGAACACAAUCAGC